AUGGCUGUCCACAAACUUUUGCAACAGGGUGUAGUUCGCCUGGUUGAAGAUGGGCUUUCUGGGGAUGAAAUCCAAAAGACCCUUGGAAUGAACGAGAAGAAGAUUGAGAUUCUGUUGAAGAGUCUCGAAAGAAGCGGUGUCGUAUCGAGACGAAAUGGCCUCUUUGGCUACGAGAUGGCUGCUGCGGCAGAGAGCACGACCAGUGUUGGAUUUGCCCUUGACUCUGCCCAAAAGGGCCACAUUGACAUCAAAAACAGUCGUGGAUUUGUUGAUAUCAGCAAUGUUGAUUUGGACUACUUCUACAACAGGGAGCAUGACACUGUCUCACGACUGAUGGCGAUGGUAGCGAGGGUGCUGAAACAGAAGAAGAAGGUUGAAGAAGACGAGUUGAGAGCACAUGUCACUGCUAUGUGCGGAGAAAUGGUGGAUGAUGAGUUGUAUCAGGGCGUAUUGAAACAGGCACAAGAAAGAGGGCUAUUUGAGAAACACGGUACAAACUACACGUACAUGAUAUAG